AUGCCCGCCAUAGCCGCCCCCAUCACCCCUCCGUACGAUGAUUACGGCCGCCGUAGAAGUUCCGCCGCACUUCCCUUGGAUCAGCUUGAGGCUGUCGCUGCCAACUCCGGGCUCUCCCUUCAUGCGAACGAGGAUGCCCUCCGGCGGUAUACCGACUACAAUCCCGAUGGGUCUUCAAGGUCUCCCAUGUUCGCGCCGGUAAACUGGCAAGGUGGAGACGGCGGCGAGGGCGCCUCGAGAAAAUCAAAUAGACGGAGUCUGCUGGUGGACUAUGGCGCGCCCGAGACCACGCUCCCCAUCCCCGACUAUUUCAGCCACGAGGUGUUCCGUAUGGUUAUGAAUAGCCCCUCCGCUGCCCAUGCCCUCCUGAGGUAUGCGCAAUCCAAAGGAGCCGGUGAAAACAUGGCCUACCUAUUAAAAGUCCAAGAAUAUACGGCGUCAGUUGAUCAACUGACAACACUCCUCGCCACUAUCUCCACCAACUACACCAUGCUCUCGGCCACUUCGCCCAUCCAUCUACCAGGCCCCCUCACCAAAUCUCUGAAUACGGACAUCAAGCACGUUACCAGCUCCAUUCUCCCCGGACUUGAGAACCUUUUCCUCGAGUCCAAGACAUGCAUUGAGCAGCGGCUCGUCCGCGAUGUCUACCCGUCCUUUGUGAAGCGCCAGCUCGCCCUCGUCACCAGCAGGUCCCUCGCAUCGGACCGUUGUUUUAGGGAGGCCGAGUAUCCGGGACUCGGAGGGGCGUUUUGUAUCGCUGAUCUUUUCAACGAAGGGUCUCCUCUAGAGUUUGUCUCGGACGCGUUUCUCAAGUUGACGGGUCGGAGGAGGGAACAAAUGGUUUACCGGAACGGUGUGUACAUGCAAGGCCCGCUUACCGACUUGACGAGCGUGUUCAGGGUCAGAGAGGCCCUAUCAAAGAACGAAGAGUGUACGGAGCUUCUCAUCAACCACCUAGAUGACGGAACCCCAUUUUGGAACUUCAUUUACAUGUGCCCAAUCCCGAAUCCGAGCGGCAAAGUGAAGCAGUAUCUGCACUGUUACAUCAACGUCUCCAACUGCUUGCGCAACUCGGACGAUAUCGUCCGAAUUAUCAGCUGCGGCUCGCUGCCGUCCGACUCCUCGUCCGAGCGUUCGCCCGAGCGCAGGGAUCAGUUUGGCCGCCGCGGGAGCCUCUCGCCGGAAUCCACCGACUACUACGAGACUCCACAAACGAGAGACGACAACAUCUCGCGCAGCAAGUCCUCCCGCAAGACCUUUUUCCGUUCCUUCCGCAGGUCGGCGGAAUCGUCGUCGUCCCAUACGCAGUCUAUGCAGCGGCCCAACACGGCCAUCUCCACCAUGUCUCUCGGAGGUGGUGUCGGCGGAGGAAACAGCGCCAGCCCGCUGGAUGGCCCCCUCCCUCCCCUGACGGAAAAUCACGUGUCCGAGGUCCCCGGGAGCUCCCGCCUACUCCCGGCACUUGAGCUCCUUGGCCUGGGCCUCGCGGCCGACGCCAUCAACAACAAGGACGUCUUCACGGUCCUAGCGGAGCAGGCAAACUGCUCUUCCAUCAACAAGGCGUUCAGACAAUCAGUGCGGGAAACUGUCAUCAACGAGGGCCAACAGGCGGUGGCAGAGAUCCUCGUCUCGGCAUCGUCGGGGACGCGCAAGACCAGCAUGAUGAGUCCGAUUAGCGAUGAUCAAGGACGGGCCAGAACUGUCGGAAAUAAGAUGAUGUUACUCAACAGCUUCUGGACGCCGCUCAAGGACCGUGAGGGGAAGCCGGCUUGGGUCAUGCUGGUGUUGAUCCCGAUGGCCAUGUAA